AUGGCCUUUUUUAGGUUUUUCCUCUAUGAUGAUACUGAAGAGGUUAAUAAGUUCCUGGUGAUUCUCUUCCAUCAAGCAGCAGAGAGUGAGAGACAGACAGGAGAGAAGACACUGAAGCUGUUAACAUCAGCGUGCACUUACAGCUCUUUCCCUUAUGGAGGUACAGAAAUCUACAUACAGAGUGCUUUCCUGCUGGAUCUGUUCUCACAUGUGAAGCAGUAUGAGACUGAAACAGGCAGGAGUGUUCUUCCAGCAUUACUGCCAGUUUACCAGUCAGUUCCUGCAGAGUGGAUCUGCAGAGUGAGAAAAGCCUCCCUCCUCCUAGAAGUGCUGAAACUCCAAACAGAGAAGAAACCAGUGGAGCUGUGGGGCUGGUCCGAUGACGAGAGUGAAGCGAGGAGCUUCCUUCAGUGUUUGCCCUACAUCUCACAACUCAGGUUUUCCCUCUAUGAUGAUGCUGAAGAGGUUAAUAAGUUCCUGGUGAAUCUGUUCCAUCAAGCAGCAGAGAGUGAGAGACAGACUGGAGAGAAGACACUGGAGCUGUUAACGUCAGUGUGCAGUUACAGCUCUUUCCCUUAUGGAGAUACAGACAGUUACAUACAGAUUGAAUUCCUGCUGGAUCUGUACUUACAUGUGAAGAAGUAUGAAACUGAAACAGGCAGGACUGUUCUUCCAGCAUUACUGCCAGUUUACCAGUCAGUUCCACAGGAGUGGACCGUAGACCUCUCAGAGAGAAAAACCUCCCUCCUCCUAGAAGUGCUGAAACUCCAAACAGAGAAGAAACCAGUGGAGCUGAGAGGCUGGUCAGAUGAAGAGAGUGAAGUGAGGAGUUUCCUUCAUUGUCUGCCCUACAUCUCACAACUCAGAUUUCAUCAGUUUGAUAUACAUGUAGAGUUUGUGAUGUAUCUGUUCCAUCAAGCAGCAGAGAGUGACAGACAGACAGGAGAGAAGACACUGAAGCUGUUAACAUCAGCGUGCACUUACAGCUCUUUCCCUUAUGGAGGUACAGAGAGUUAUAGACAGAGUGAUUUCCUGCUGGAUCUGUACUCACAUAUGAAGCAGUAUGAAGCUGAAACAGGCAGGAAUGUUCUUCCAGCAUUACUGCAAGUUUACCAGUCAGCUCCUGCAGAGUGGAUCAUAAACCACUCAGAGAGGAAAACCUCCCUCCUCCUAGAAGUGCUGAAACUCCAAACAGUUAAGAAACCAGUGGAGCUGUGGGGCUGGUCAGAUGAAGAGAGUGAAGUGAGGAGUUUCCUUCAGUGUUUACCCUUCAUCUCACAACUCAGAUAUGCAGAAUAUCUUGUCCCAUAUUUAAGUGAAGUGGUUGUUGACUAUGCAGAAGAGACAGAAUUACUGACCGCCUUGCUUGCUGCUAUGAAGUUUACCUUCACUGUAAAUGGGGUUUUGUCCAGUGAAAAGUGUAGGGCUGUAGGGAAAGCACUGGGGCUCUCACCCUCCCGACUCAGCCUCACUCUAAAGCCUCAAGCCAUCUCUCUCAGAGGAGCCACACUUCUUUUCAGACACAUUACACACCUACAUAAACUCAGUCUGAAUGACCGUGUGGUAGGAAGAAUGGCUCGAGCAUUUCAAGCAGAAAGAGUUUGCAUUCCAUUGGUCAUCGAGGAGCUGUCUGUGGUACUGACGAGAGUUUGGUCAGCUCAGAAGCUCUCCAGGAUCCUGAGCAGCUUGGCUUCCCUCCUGAACUUCUGGACAGUUCAAUAUCUGAACCUCACUGAGUGUGAGAUGGAGGCUCAUUCCCUCAUUGGCCUUAUGUGUCAUCCUGGUCCUCUGACUAUCAGGUUGUCUAAAGAGACUCUCCAGCAGUUUGCCAUUUUGGUGUAUGAAGUAAAGGAUAGGACGCUAACCUGCUUCUUCCUGGAAAAGGUGGGAGGAGAUCUGACUUCCUGUUCUCUCAGCUGGGAGGAGCUUAUUUAUUUUGUCCAAAAAGGAGUUUGUUGUGUUACUGUGAAUGUCAUGAAGAGCAGUAUCACUUAUAAACAUGCCAGGGAGCUUCUGCCUUUCCUUGAUAAGGUUCAUUUCAAAAGGCUGAGCUCCAGCAUUGUGCUGUCCAUCAUCAGAGAGAUUUAUGAGACUGGCUCAGCUCACUGUGUUUCCAGCUUCUUAAAUUUGAUAAAGAAUUGUAUCAACCUGAACAGUAGAGAGCUGGACUCUGUCCACUGUGCUGCUCUGCGCUUCACCCUUCAACACUGCACAACUGUAUCUCUCAGCCUGCUUUGGACCUCCAUACCAGAGGGGCAGUUAGAGAGCGUUCUGCCUCUGCUCAAUAGAGUUUCCCAUCUCAGUGUUGACAGGCUCCUGUUGCUGAGACUGCUGUACGGGUGCAGGGUCUCUGAGCCCCAGGAGAGGGCAGCAGCAACAGUGCUCUCUGCUCUGCAGAACAGACUGGACUUCUCCUGCCACAUCGGCCUGGACCUGACUACACAAACAGAGGACAGCGCUCUACACCUGACCACUGAGGACUGUAGAGUCAUCAGCACUGUCAUUCUGAAAGCACAGAAGCACACAGAGCUCAUUCUAGAGGACUGUGAAAUAGAGGAUGCUGGAGUGGAUGUGCUCUUCUCUGCCUUGCGCACAGUCAGACUACGCUGCAGUAAGGCUCUGCUGCUUCAGUUCCUGGCUCUUGUCCAGGUGGGGACUGAGCGUAUGUUUCGCGCUGUAAUUCUCUCUAAGGCCCUGGAUGGAGUGAUUGACCUCAGUGAGACUCGGCUGGACCUGCAGGCCUGCAGAUCACUGGCACUGUUUCUGGAACACACUGAAGGCUUGUCAGAACUGGACCUCAGCCACUGCCGGCUCUCUGACCACUGCCUGGAGUUGCUUCUCCCACACCUGCAUAAAAUAGAUGUGCUUGAGUGA